AUGAGUUGCCCCUGGUCUCACCUGCUAUCCUGCAGCCACAGAGCCACAGGCAGCAUGGCCUCGCCGCGAUGGAUACUGGCAGUCUGCGUUUCUCUAUUCUCAGUGUUAGGCACCGGGGAAUCGGUCACAACAACUGAAAGUCAGAAAUAUACUUGCAGGACUUUUGGCAGCGGCGUCGUCCAGCCUUUCAACGGUUCAAGUUUCUACGUUCGGUCCAACUGCAUGUUCCUCCUCACCCACUUCACCCACCACCGGGUGGAGUGUGACAUCACCACACGGCGAGAGGACGACGGGCUGCUGGUCCGAGUCGAGAUCAUCAUCAACAAAGUCAGGACUGUUGUGCAGAAUGGAAGCAUCCUGGUGGAGGGGAAAAGUGUUUCCCUUCCAUACGACCACACCUACCAGCAUAUCUUUCAGUACGGCAUCUACACCAAACUGAAGAGCUCGCUGCUUCCUCUGUCCGUCACCUGGCACAAUGUUCCCGGAGGAGUAGACACUUUGUGGGUGGAGUUGGAGCAGGAACUAAGCACCGACAUGACUGGACUGUGUGGAAAGCACACCACCCAAGGCAACAAGCAGCAGUUGAUCACAGAGAGCGAGCGAGCUGAUGACACGUGUCAAACCCGAGAUCCUUUCUUCGCUGUCAAUCAAGCAUGCAGGGAGUUCUUUUCCUACACCCUGGAAUGUCUGCUAGCUCAGACGCCUCAUUAUAUUCAACUCUGUGAGGAGAACAUUUACGGCUACGAAACGAGCAAAUACAUCGGCUGUGCUUUCUUCAAAGAAGUAGUCCAACAGUGUGGAGACAACAGCCAUGCCUGGGACAUUUGGAGAACGGUUACUCACUGUGAUGAGCCCAGGUGUCCCGGGAAUCUGGUUUAUGUAGAACUGGGUGCAGCCUUUUUUCCCAGCUGCUCCAAUCAGAACCCAACCUCCUCCAACCAGGAACUCACCAGCUCCUGUGUCUGCCCUGAGGGUACGGUGCUCAAUGAUCACGAAGAUAGCUACCAGUGUGUGAGUGUGUCCAGCUGCCUGUGUGUGUUUGCUGGUAAAAGCUACUCACCCGGAGACAUACUUAGCACUAAGUGUCAGUCAUGUACGUGUGUCGAUGGGAAAUGGCAAUGCUCUGAAAACCUCUGCCCCACCAGAUGUGUAAUCGAAGGGCAGUUUGUGACAUCAUUUGAUGGCAAAAAAUACGUCCUGCCUGGUAAAUGUAGAUAUGUGGCUUCACAGGGUCUCUACUGGACAAUAACAAUAGAGUUUUCCAAAAAGGCACCCUCACUAAAAACUGUUAUUCUUGAGCUUUUUCAGGAAACUUAUACAUUCUCUCAAGACAGGGUUCAAAUUGGAGGGGAGACGAUCACUGAACUUCAUCAAUCUGAUCAUGCUCUGGUUUUCUGGCAGUCCUCCAUGUACGUCCAGGUCGACACAUCCUUUGGUAUGAAGAUCCAAGUCCAGAUGUCUCCUGAAAUCCAGCUGUACAUCACCCCGCCCAAAGACCACACUGGCGUAAUCUCAGGUCUCUGUGGCAACAACAACAACGACACCACAGAUGACUUCACCACCAGCAGCGGGAUCAUCGAGAACUCUGCUCAGCCGUUCGCUCAGUCCUGGAGCGUGGGGGUUUGUGCAGUGAACAUACCGGACCCCUGCAUCAACACUGACAAAGAGAUUUUCGCUGAUGAGAAGUGCUCAGUGUUGAACAUCCCCACUGGGAUAUUUGCUAAGUGCCAUGGUCAUAUCCCUACUAAUCACUACCACACGGCUUGCAUCAAACGAACAUGUAACUGUGGCAGCAGCUUGUCUCAGUGCCUGUGUGUCUCUCUGGGUAGUUAUGCCGAAGCCUGUGCCAGUCUGGGUGUUGUGAUUGGUGACUGGAGGAAAGCUACCAACUGCACUUUGAACUGUCUAAAGAACCAGGAAUUCUCAUACGACACGCAAGCCUGCAAACACACAUGCCGCUCCCUGUCGGGCCCGGACCCCCGCUGCGGACUGGACGACGCUCCGGUGGAGGGCUGCGGCUGUCCGGAGGGAACUCACCUGAACCAAGGAGACGUCUGCACCCGAAAGGCAGAGUGCGACUGUCACUACAACGGCGGGACGACCCCACCAGGGGCUGCUAUUAUCGACGGACGAAAUUGCCUCUGUGUAAAUGGAGAGCUGAACUGUUCCCAGGAUUGUGGGUGCAGAAAUGGAAAGGUUUGUGUGCAUUGCAGCGAGUACCCUGUCAACACGGCUCAGAAAACCUGUGAGAGUCUCAGCAAACCAAUGGGUACCAAUAUGACCUGUGAGAGUGGCUGUUACUGCCCACAUGACCAGUAUGAGGAUCACCGUGGACACUGUGUUUCUCUUGAUAACUGCACCUGUGUGUACAGCGGCAAAGUGUUCAGUGCAGGACAGCUCGUCAGCACCAACUGUAAAACAUGUGUCUGUGGUCAGGGUCAGUGGCUCUGCAGAGACGAGCCUUGCUCUGGGAAAUGUCAGGUUUACGGCAACGGACACUACCAGACAUUUGACUCCAACUGGUACCGCUUUGACGGACAAUGUCAGUACACACUAGUAGAGGAUGGCUGUGGAGAUGGAAACAGCACCUUCUCUGUCAGAGUGGAGAGCGUCCCCUGCUGUGAUGAGGCGCUCACCUGCUCUCGCUCCAUCGUCCUCGACCUGCAGGACAAAGUCACCCUGACACUGAGCGACAUGAAGGUAACCAGACGCUACCAUGAAGGCUGGACUCUGCAGGGAGACUCACUUUACUCCACACACACUGUCGGACUUUACAUCAUAAUCUCUGUGCCGAGCAGAGGGAUAACUCUCAUCUGGGACAAACACACCCGCAUCACUAUAGAGCUGCAAUCACACUGGAGGAACCGAGUCUGUGGCCUCUGUGGAAAUUUUGACUUCAAUGAGAUGAAUGACCUACAGAUAAGUGGCUCAGCAGUGGUGUCCAGCCCCUUGGCAUUUGGCAACAGCUGGAAAGUGGCCACCCCUCCCUGCUCGGAUGUGACAACAGAGAUAUUUCCGUGUGAACGCAACUCCUACUGCGCAGCCUGGGCCCAGCGGCGCUGUAUGAUUCUGACAGGAGACACCUUCAGUGAAUGCCACCUCAAAGUGGAUCCAACUUCCUUCUACCAUGCGUGUGUGCAAGAGUCUUGCUCCUGUGAGUUUGAAGGCAAGUUCCUGGGCUUCUGCACGGCCGUGGCAGCGUACGCAGAGGCCUGCAGCGACCACGAUGUUUGUAUAAAUUGGAGAACUCCGGAUUUGUGUCCGGUCUACUGUGACUACUACAACGAGCAGGGCCAGUGUAGCUGGCACUAUGAAGCCUGUGGAAAGAUGCUAACCUGCGGCAAAGACAACUACAUCACUCACAAGCUGGAAGGCUGCUACCCCAGAUGUUCAAAGGAGGAGCCAUACUUUGAUGAAAAUACUGGUGAAUGCACUAAAUUGAGAAAUUGCACUUGUGACUUUAAUGACGCCAUCCUUCAGCCCAGGGCAGUGGUGAUGAUGAGGUCUGUUGAGUGCCGCUGUGAAAAUGGGAAAAUGAAUUGCCCACCUCCACCCACCACACCUGCCACCACCACCGCUUCAACUACAACUGAAACAACUGUGUUUUCCACCACCAUUACUACACCACCAACUACAGCAGUCUUAACUACGACUGAAUCAUCAUCAACAACACCCCGCAGCACCUCCUCACCAAUGACAACCACUACCAAUGUCUCAACUACCACUGGAGAUUGGUCAACCUUGCUUUCCACCACUGCUACACCAACAACUACAACUGUCUUAACUACAGAUGAAACAUCAUCAACAACGCUCCCCACCACCGCUACAUCAUUAACCACAACGGCACAUACUACCAAUGACACAACUGUAUAUCCUACUACCACUACACAAACAACUGAAACAUCAUCAGCAAUGCCCCCCACCACCUCUUCACCAACGACAACCACUACCAAUGUCUCAACUACUACUGGAGAUUGGUCAACUGUGCCUUCCACCUCUACCCCAACAACUACAACCACUUUAACUACAGCUGGAACAUCAUCAACAACUCCCCCUACCACCUCUUCACUAACGACAACCACUACCAAUGUCUCAACUACUACUGGAGAUUGGUCAACCACCUCGACACCAAUAACCACAACUGCAGUUACUAACAAUGAAACAACUGUGUAUCCUGCGACUACUACACCGAUGACUACAACAGCUGUAACAUCUUCAACAAUGCCCCCCACCACCUCUACACAAAUCCCAACCAUUACGAACGUUUCAACAACUGUUGGAAAUUGGUCAACUGUGCCUUCCACCUCUACCCCAACAUCUACAACUGCCUAUACUACCAAUGAAACAACUGUGUAUCCUGAAACUACUCUACCAAUAACAACAACAAUAACAACUGCCCUAACUACUGCUGAAACAUCAUCAACAACUGUGCUUUCCACCACUUCUACACCAAUAACCGCAACUGACUAUACUACCAAUGACACAAAUCUAUCUCAUAGUACCACUACACUAACUACUACAACUGACUUAACUACAGCUGUCACAUCCUCAACAACACCCUCCACCACCUCUACACCAAUGACAGCUACUGCUAAUGUCUCAACUACUCCUGGAAAUUGGUCAACUAUGAAUCCUUCAACAAUUACUACACCAAAAACUACAACUGACUUAACAACUGCUGAAAAUUCAUCAACAGUGCCCCCCACCACCUCUACACCAAUUAUGACCACUACCAAUGUCUCAACUACUCCUGGAAAUUGGUCAACUAUGAAUCAUUCCACCAUUAAUACAACCACAACUGCCUCAACUACAGCUGAAACAUCAACAACGCCCCCCAUGUCCACCAUGUUUUCCGACACCUCUACACCAAUAACCACAACUGCCUAUGCUACCGAUGAAACAACUGUAUAUCCUACCACGAUUAAGCCAACACCCACAACUGCCCUAACAACUGCUGAAACAUCAUCAACAAUGCCAACGAUUUCUUCUACACCAAUGACGGACAUUACCAAUGUCACAACUACUCCUGGAGCUUGGUCAACUCCAGGGUGUGAGUGUAAAGACCUGAAGAGGAAACUAAGCUGGGGUUGCGGCGAGAUGUGGACAGAGGACUGCUUCGAUAAGAGCUGUAGGGAGGGGAAGAUAGAGUUGACUCCAGUGGUUUGUCCAGAGUCUUCAAGGCCUAAAUGCCCCAGAGACCAGGCCACACAAGUCUGGGAUGGAUGCUGUGAAACAUGGAAGUGUGACUGUCGCUGUGAGCUGUAUGGGGAUCCCCACUACAUCUCUUUCCAAGGAGUAACCUUUGAUUUCCUGGACGAAUGCACCUACCUUCUUGUUGAGGAGCAGUCAAUACAUUAUAAUCUGACCAUUGCUGUGGACAACUUUGCCUGUGUGGAAGGCCUCCUAGGCUCGUGUGCUAGAGGCAUCAUCCUGAAAUAUCAGAACAGUACAGCUACACUCAGUAUCCUUCAAGAUAAGAUAGUACAGGCCACUCUGAACAACGUGACCAUACAGCCACCAUAUGAGGAGCCUGGGUGGAGGUUUGAGACCACCGGAUAUGUAGUGUCAAUCUACCUCCCAGACCUGCGCUCUUAUGUCUCCCUCACUCCGUCUUACAGCCUGGUGGUCAGUCUGGCCAUGGAGCAUUUCCUCAACAAUACCCAGGGACAAUGUGGAGUGUGUGGUGUUGGAUCAUGUGUCCGUAAAGGAGGGCAGAUCGAGGAUGACAGCUGCUGUAGUAAGACGGCCAAUGACUGGGUGUACCACGACCCCCUCAAGCCCGCCUGUGCUUCUGCCCCCAGAGACAUACCUUGUAUCUCACCCACUACAGUACCCACAAGCCCACCCCCUACCCCCUGCCCUGCUAGCCCACUAUGUGAGCUGCUACAACACCCAGUCUUUUCAAAUUGCACACCGUAUGUGGAUCUGGACCUUAAAAUGAAGAACUGCAAGUUUGAUUCAUGCACGAGUGGUCCGUGCGCUUCACUAGAGCAAGCUGCUAAGGAAUGCAAGGUGGAAUGGUGUAUUGACUGGAGAAGCCUGACCAAUGGGACCUGUGAUGUGCCUUGUGAUGCGGGAUUGGUUUACAGAGAAUGUCAAAAGAAGCCGGAUGGAUUCUGCCAUGGAGGAGCACAUUAUCAAGGUGACACCACUGAGAACUACAUUGGAGGCUGUUUUUGUCCCAGUGGCCAAGUCAGAGCAGGAAAUCAUUCAUCCACCUGUGUGGACACCUGCCGCUAUUGUAAAGGACCACUUGGUGAGCCCAAAAUGCCUGGUGAGGUGUGGCAGUCCGGCUGUAGCUGGUGCACAUGUAACAAGCAGACUGUCAAGGAGGAGUGUCACAAACUUCCUGUUUCAGCUCCCCUCUGUAGCAGCACUGCUGUACUGGUGAACAGAUCUUGCUGCGGUGAUCAGAUUUGCGUUGAGAAGACAUGCAGUUAUCAGGGAAAAACAUACAAGAUGGGAGACAGAUGGAGGGAUGCCGCCCAUCCCUGCACGUCAUUUAGUUGCAGCAAAGAUGGAAUUCAGACUGUGAUUAAAGUCUGUCCUACAGAAGAGUGUCAGGAGGAGGACAGGAUUUGGGACGACCAGCACUGCUGCUUUUCAUGUAACCAGAACUGUGCUCCGAAGAUGACCAGUCUUAACCUAACAGUAGACAGCUGUGUUGCCGUCAUACAGAUGCCUGUGUGUCAGGGCCAAUGUGAUUCUGAGCCCAGGGUGGUGUUACACAAUGACCUGCAGGUGGAGCAGCAGAGCUCCUGCUGUGUGGAGAGACUCUUUGAGAGGAGAUUAGUGACCCUGCAGUGCUCUGACCUCACGACCAGGAGCUACAACUACACGCACAUCACCAGCUGUGAGUGCAGAUACUGUACUGUACUCUGGUAGUGUACUAAAGCAUACUUUUGAGGGGCUCUUCAUUCCUGCUACUUCAUAUACCACUAGAAUUCAGAGGCAAAUUCUGUAUGAUUCACUCUAUCCAUUUACUUGAUAACUUUAAUUUAGUUAGAAGAUUCUGAUUUAUAAAACGAAAUAUAAUCAACAAAUAAUGUUUUAUGUUUUAUUAUUUUAUGAUAAACUUUAUUGAACCCUUAAUGAAACUCACAAUCUACCUGCCAGUAGAUAUACUGUCCUCCUUUAUCAUUUGCAAUAUUAAAGUGAUGAUCACAUCAAUGUAUCAUUCUUUGUAAUCCAAUGAUAUGGUAUUUUAUUUGUUUUACUUGAAGUACAUAUUGAUGCUCAUACUUUUGUAUUUAAAUGCAGUACUUUUACUUAUAGUAAGAGUAUUUUUACACUGUGGUAUUGCUAACUCAGAUAAAGAGUACUUUGUCCACCACUGAACAUACUGCACCAAAAAUGACUGACAGCACAGACUGGACAGCAUUUCUGUUAUAUACUUAAGAUUCUCCAAGUCAACAUAUAAUGAAAUAAAAUGUAAUGGCUUAUUAGUUUUUUUCUUUUUCAAAGCAAUAACUGAAUCAGUUUUCCAUCAAAUAAACGC